AAAAAUGUAAAUGAGGUUACUAAAUUUUCCAGUCCACCAAUCAUUGCUACGACUUGCUUCUAAACCUAACCUAACCUUUAUCUCACUGUGUGUCUGUCUGUUAACCGCGCUUUUAUCAGUAUUUUUGAUUAGUUUUAUACAAUUAAAAUGGCUAACGUUUUAAAGGAAGUUGGCGGUUACAAACUGGGCAAACUUAUUAUUGAAGGAAAAACCAAACAGGUUUAUGAAAUCCCAGAUGAGCCCAGCAAUUGUCUUUUAGUCAGCAAGGACAGAAUUACAUGCCAAGAUGGUCUGGUAGCACACAAUCUUCAAGGAAAAUCGGUCAUUUCCAAUAAAACAACGAGCAAAGUUUUCGAAAUUUUAAAUUCAGUCGGUAUUCCCACCUCAUUCGUGAAAAAGGCCGCGGAUAAUGCAUUUGUAUCGAAGAAAUGUGAGAUGAUCCCGAUUGAAUGGGUUACGAGACGUUUGGCGACCGGUUCAUUUCUUAAAAGGCAUCCAGGAGUAAAAGAGGGAUACAGAUUUGCACCUGUGAAACACGAAACUUUCUUCAAGGAUGACGCAAAUCACGAUCCCCAAUGGUCGGAAGAGCAGUUGAUCAGUGCUGGAUUUAAAUUCAAUGGCCUAUUGAUUGGAGAAAAAGAAGUAGACUACAUGACAAGGGUCUCCAUAUUAGUAUUCGAAGUUUUAGAAAAAAUAUGGCAAACCAGAAACUGUGCCCUCAUUGACAUGAAAAUUGAAUUUGGUGUGGACAAGAAUGGGGAAAUUCUUGUCGCCGACGUUAUCGACUCUGACAGCUGGAGAUUGUGGCCUUCCGGAGAUAAAAGACUAAUGGUGGACAAACAAGUUUACAGAAAUCUAACCACCGUAACCGACAAAGACUUGGACACUGUGAAGAGAAAUUUCGAAUGGGUAGCUGAUCAACUCGACCAUUUGCUACCACCAAGUGACCAUUUGGUAGUCAUAAUCAUGGGCAGCCCGAGCGACAAGGAGCACUGUAACAAAAUCAGGAAAUACUGCGAAGACUUGGGUCUUAACGUGGAAAUCAGGGUUUCUUCCGCACAUAAAACGACCGAAGGCACAUUGAAAAUCGUGAGCCACUACGAAUCUCUGAACAUUAAAAUUGUAUUUAUUGCUGUCGCUGGAAGAUCUAAUGGACUAGGUCCUGUCAUAUCUGGAAAUACUGAUUUUCCUGUUAUCAAUUGUCCACCAGUCACUAAGGAUGAUGUAGACAGAGAUAUCUGGUCGAGUUUAAAUGUACCCAGUGGUCUUGGUUGUACCACGGUAGUUUACCCAGAAAGUGCGGCACUGGCAGCCGCCCAAAAUAUCGCUUUAACCAACUACGUCGUAUGGGCAAGACUCCGCGUUAAAAGACUGAACAAUUACAAAACUUUGCCCAAGGCAGACGAGGAAGUCAGGAAUAAGUGAAUACUUUUCACAAUUAUUGCUUUUCAGCUAAUAAUUACAUCAUUCCGUUAUAUCAUUUUUGCGUAACUAAAAUAUAGUUGUUAGGUUUAUUAAUAAACAGUUGUUUUUUAUAUCAA